GUGACUGGAAUCAUACCGGCUUAGCUCGGCGCUCCUCAAUUCUCAUCUCUUUUUCUCUCACCCUUUUCGGACCUUCACAUUUCUAAACCCUAGAUCUUCGUUCUUCGGCAUUCGUUCGUCGAAGUUAAUUCAAAUAGUUCCAAACCCUGCCGGGCUUAUCUCAUCCCGUUCCAUGUCGCCUCCCUCUUCUGACCGACCCGUCCCCGUUCUUGCAGACUUCAGUGGGGAAGAAUGACAUAUUAAUUGCCUUUUCUACAAAAUUGGUGGAAGAGGAAGGAGAAACUGAUACUCUGUGCCUGAGACAGAAGAAGACGACUAACGUGGAGCAGAACGAGAACAAGAAGUAGUAGUAGAAGAAGUUGGUUCCUGAAUUGUUAAUUUGCUAUUUCUCAUUAUAUUUCAGAAGAGUCGAAUCUGCUUUUCAUUGGCAGGGGUAGAUCAUGACCCCCGAGGGGAAGAAGAAGGAAGUUGGGCCUGCUGCUGAAGCAUCCUCAAGACCAUUAGCAUCCAAAACAGGAGACCCAAAGUCAUUGAAGCCUAAACGUAAAAUUGUGAAAAAAUCUUCAAAUCAGAACUCCUUAAAGAAAAAAGAUUCUACUGCCGCCCAGAUAGAGGGGAAACCAAAUAAUGAGAAGAACAGCACACCCAAGAUUAUUAAAGAAAAGAAUGCCAUCAAUCAAACAAAAGAUGACAAGAAGAAAAAUUCACAGGAAAUGAACAAAGGGAAGAGUAUCAUCAAUGAAAAAAGCGUGGGGGAUCGUAAGGACAAGGAAGAGCUGGGUGGGUUGAUUUUCAUGUGCAAUGGAAAGACCAAACCAGAUUGUUUCCGCUAUGGGAUCAUGGGAGUCCCAUUGAGCCAGAAAGAGCUUGUUAUGGGAAUAAAACCUGGUCUAAAUCUCUUCCUCUAUGAUUUUGAUCUCAAGCUUAUGUAUGGGAUCUACAAGGCAUCUUCUGCUGGCGGUAUGAAGCUGGAGCCUGCUGCUUUUGGUGGGGCCUUCCCUGUUCAGGUGCGGUUCAAGGUUCACAAGGAUUGUUUCCCACUACCUGAGGGUGAUUUUAAGAGUGCAAUCAAGGACAAUUAUGAAGAAAAGAAGAAAAAGUUCAAGACUCAGCUUACUGUCCUGCAAGUAAAGAAACUUACAAGUCUGUUCCAGACUUCACCUCAUGUCCAGUCAAAUUCACAUUUCAUUCAGGCCCCUCCACCGCCACAAAUUCAAGCCCCAUCAAUGCCAAUUUUACCAGCAGGGAAAGUUUCUGAGGGCGGAAUAGAACUUCCGCACCAUGCAAUCAGGGAAACAUUCAUGAGUGAUCCUUACUUCCUUGAUGGUGGCAGGAGAUAUUUGUUGCCAUCUGAUAAUGGAAGUCAGUGGCUUUCUAGAGAACCUGUUUUGACCCAUAGGGAGGUAGCUAUUCCAAAGGAGGAACCAGUUCAUCUUAAUCCACAGUUUAUGACAGAGAAAGAGUAUCGAACUUAUGGUCUUUCAAGAGAACGCCAUACCUUGAGCCCCUCUGCUUCUAUGGAUCGUAAUGCUCCUAUAAUAGACAUGUACAAGAAGAAUCAUGAAAGGGAGCAGCUUCCACAGCAUGUGAGUCCUCGGCAUCAAGAAAUAGCCUCUAGAGAAACUGACCAAGUUCGUCAUGAUCCCCUUUUUCUGAGUGAGAAAGAUUAUCGAGCUUAUGGUCUUGGGCAAAAAUCACCUUUAUUCAUCCCUCAAGCUGCUGUAGCCAAUAGUGCUUCCAGAGUAGACACCUAUGCAAAAGAUCCCUAUUAUCCUCAUCAUUAUGGUUCUACAUCCUCAGGUACAUAUCCUUCUGUUCCUAGGGGAGAGGCAAGGAGAGACACUUGCCUCACUAAAUCUGAUUAUCAAGAAAGGGGCUCUACUGAUUUCUCAGGAAGUGCUGCUGUUGAACUGGGAGGAUAUUCACGAUUUGCUUCCAAUGGUUUGUCAGAAUACAAUGAAAGACAUCAGCUUGCAUCCACAUCAGUGUCAUCUCGAUACUCCUUUGAUGGUCCAUCAUUGACUUACCGCUGAUCCAAAUUCGCUGCAUAUGAACUUCAUUAGGGUCCUAGGGACAUCUUCAUUUCUUUUCCUGGAGAUGUCACAUUUCUGGUUGAGAAUUUUCAUGCAAGUAAACCACUGUGUUACCUGUUAUUCUGAUUGAGCAUUUUCAGGUAAUCCAAUUCAUGUAUCAGAUAUCUCCUCUCUGCUCCACACCCCCCC